AUGUCGCGCCACUACGACGACGACGAUGCCAGCCGUGGUCCACGCGGUGCAUCACACGGCAGACGCUACAGCCGGGGUGCAGCCGACGACGACGGCCGUGCGGCCCCGUACAUGACGCCCGCGGGGAACUAUGUUGCCUUUGAGCAGCGGGCUUCCAACCUGGACAUGGAUGGUCGCGACGUGGCGCUGCAGGUGCCGUCUUCGCCUCACCGGCCGCGAUCCGUGCCGCCGAUGAUUCCGCGCCGCGGCGACUCGCGCUCGCCGUCGCCCGAUUACGAACAUGAGUACGAGUACGAGCACGAGCGCCGUGGAAGCCGCAGCCGCAGCCGCAGCCGCUCGCGAGGCCCGCUCAAGAAGACCAAGAAUGCACUGGACAGCGCUUUUAGCACAUCGGCUUCGGGCCUCGGUGUCGGCGUCAUCGGCGCCAUCGUUGGUGGCCUGGCCGCCCGCGAGGCCUCUGAGGCGGCUGCGCGCUCGAAUCGUCGCCAGGGCCACGGCCACGAUCGCAGCGAUCACGACCGCGCCGCACUCAUCUCCACCAUCGUCGGCGCUGCUGUCGGUGGCCUCGGCGCCAACGCCAUCGAGAAGCGGGUCGAGCGCCGCCAUCAUCGGUGGGCAGACGACCGCGACGGCGACCGUGAUGAUCGCGAUGAUCGUGAUGAUCGUGAUCGUCGUGAUGACGACCGCGACGACAACCACCGCGGCCGCCACCAUCACGUGACGACCGGCACCAACGGCGUGCCGGCCACAACGACGACUACCAUGACGUAG